AUGGUCGCCAAAACCAUUUUAUUUGUAUAAGGAAUUUGACAAGAUUAAAUACGUUUUAUCAUUAAUGUAUUUCUCUUCUAAUGACGUCUAAUACGAUUAUCUGCCACGAGUCGAGACUGAAAAUGAAGGACUAAUUUAUUUUAGAAGUGUUCCUUAAAAAAAUGAUUGAUGGAAUUAAUUCUCCCUUGUUUAAUUAAAGUCCAGAUGUUGAAUCCAUGACGUUAAAGUAAUUAUAAAAGAAGCGUUAGUGUUACAAACGUCUUUAUAUCCGUGGAUAACUGGAGACUAACCAUAAAAGUCAGGGGAGCAGAAAUGUUUCUGGAUGAAGAUUCAGAACAAUGUGAAUACAUUGUUGCGGGGAAAUUUUCUUCUCCCUCGUGCAAAGAACUUGGAAUACCACGUGAUGAUAAACAAACAUUAAACUGUAACCAGACUCGAGACUCAUGUAUAACCAGAAACACUGACGACAUAAAGUACAAUAUUAAUACAACUUUAAAACCGGAUCCCUUUUCACCGUUCUGUAUGAUUCCACUUCCGGCACCGUUCGGGUCAAGUCUAUUUGAUCCUACAUGUAUCAGACGACGAAAUGAGCGCGAAAGGGAACGAGUAAGAUGUGUAAACGAUGGAUAUAUUAGACUUAAAGAACAUUUACCCAUCAAAAAUAAAAACAAACGAAUAAGCAAAGUUGAGACUCUCCGUGGUGCCAUACGUUAUAUAAAAUAUUUACAGACAGUACUAGGCGAUGAAAGGGCCAUGCAGGGUAACACCGUUUAUGAAUACUCUACAUCAAAUGAUUCUGAUGCUAGUAAACAAGAUCAUUAUUCUAGGAAUGAUGCAGACACAGACAGCGAGACAGACAUGUCGUAUUUGUCGUCUGAUUCUACUGACGCUCUUUCAGACUGAAGUCGCUUUCAGAGCUAAAACUAGAACUUCGUAUACAUUGUUUUCAAGAAACAAUAAUAUUCUCAAGGAAAAAGGCUUGUUCUCGAUAAAAAAAUACAUAUGUAUUGUACGUGACGGUCCAAAAAUACCUAUGCCCAGCCACUGUUUAAUUUGUCUUAUUAUUUGUGAACACACUCUAUGGUGAAUGAUUAAUGGACUCAGACAAACGUUUUGGUUGAUUGUGCAUGUAGUUUAUUUCAUACUGAACAGACAUAUUAAAUCUUUUAAUCUUCGAAAUACAUGUACGUACGUAUAUGUGAAUUAAACAAGGUGGAAAUACCAUAAGUUUAGAACAGCGAGAAAUCAAACAGGAGAUAGAGAAACAAAUGAAAUGUGUUAUGUAAGGCCACAUGAUUUAAGAUACGUGUUCUUUUGGUUUGAAACGAUACAUAAUUGACGUAAUUUGUACUAGAAUUGUUUAAUAUGUUGUUGUGAGUUAUCAUCUAUAUAAACAGGUUGCCAACAAAGUUUAGUAUCUAGUUUUUAACCUGAUUUCUUGAGAAAGGCCAGAAAAAAAGAAGUUCAAAUUAAACAAUGGUUCAAUGAAGAAUUACGUUCACCUAAAACCUACAGUUUUGUUUUUAUAAAUCUAUGUGAUAUUGAGUA